UUUAUCCUCAAUCUAGUAGAAUUUGGUAAGUUUUAUAUAUAAAUCUAGUAGAAAACGAGGUUCGGUCGUUGGCAACCCUGUUUUCCCCUUGACUCAUAGAGAAAUAACAACAAGUUGUUAUUUCUCUAUGCCUUGACUGUUAAGAAUUUGGAAAUAUACGUGAUAACGUGAUCGAGAUAUCAUCAACAAACCAAAUCUUGGAUUUGAAGAAGGAAGCGUAAGAUAAUAAUUCAGGCAUGGAAGUAAAAACGGAUCGUAAGGAAGAUUUUGUGGAAGGUGACCCAAGAUAUAUAGCCAGUCAGUUAUUCUUAUCCACAAAUCUUGGAAAUUUGAAAAAGGAACAAAAAGAUUCAGCUAUGGAAAUAAAGGAUGAAAUUAAGGAAGAGUUAGAAGGUGAUCCAACAUAUAUAGAGAGUCAGUUAUCCACAUCAAUAUAUCUUGAAGAUCUGAAGAAUGAAUCUGAAGAUGAUAACUCAGGAACUCUCAGAGAGAAGGACACAUUGGGAAUUAUGAAAACAACAUCUCUACAUGCAUGUAACAAAGACUGUGGGAUUCAACCAGAUGAAGAAAAAAAAUGUGAAAUUUGUAUUAAUCAGCUUGGCCACAAAAGUGAUUUCAACAAACUCGUGAAAAUACACACUGGGAAAAAGUCUUACAAGUGUGAAAUUUGUUCUAAACAAUUUAGUACUGUAGACAGUCUUAAAUUACACAUAAAAACACACAAAUUUAAAAUAAAGCUGGACUGUGAAGUUUGCCUUAAGAAAUUCAGCGAAGCAAACGAUUUGAAAAUACAUUUGAGAAUGCACCCUAGAGUAAAACCUUAUAAGUGUGAGAUUUGUUUUAAGCAAUUUAGUCAAGCAGGUCAUUUGAAAAGACAUUUGACAGUGCACACUGGAGAAAAACCUUAUAAGUGUGAAAUUUGUUUUAAGCGAUUUAGUGAAGCAGGUGCUUUAAAAACACACUUAAGACUGCAUACUGGAGAAAAAUCUUAUAAGUGUGAAAUUUGUUUUAAGCGAUUUAGUGAAGCAGGUGCUUUAAAAACACACUUAAGAGUGCAUACUGGAGAAAAACCUUAUAAGUGUGAAAUUUGUUUUAAGCAAUUUAGACAAGCAGGUACUUUUAAAGCACAUUUAAGGACACACACGGGGGAAAAACCUCAUAAGUGUGAGAUUUGUUUUAAGCAAUUUAGUCAAGCAAGUAUUUUAAAAACACAUUUGAAAGUGCACACUGGAGAAAAACCUCAUAAGUGUGAAAUUUGUUUUAAGCAAUUUAGUGAAUUAAGUUAUUUGAAAAGACAUUUGACAGUGCACACUGGAGAAAAACCUCAUAAGUGUGAAAUUUGUUUUAAGCAAUUUAGUGAAUUAAGUUAUUUGAAAAGACAUUUGACAGUGCACACUGGAGAAAAUCCGCAUAAGUGUGAGAUUUGUUUUAAGCAAUUUAGUGAAGCAGGUACUUUAAAAACACACUUAAGACUGCAUACUGGAGAAAAACCUUAUAAGUGUGAGAUUUGUUUUAAGCAAUUUAGUGAAGCAGGUACUUUAAAAACACACUUAAGACUGCAUACUGGAGAAAAACCUUAUAAGUGUGAGAUUUGUUUUAAGCAAUUUAGUCAAGCAGGUACUUUAAAAACACACUUAAGACUGCAUACUGGAGAAAAACCUUAUAAGUGUGAGAUUUGUUUUAAGCAAUUUACUGAAGCAGGUACUUUAAAAACACACUUAAGAGUGCAUACUGGAGAAAAACCUUAUAAGUGUGAGAUUUGUUUUAAGCAAUUUAGUGAAGCAGGUGCUUUAAAAACACACUUAAGAGUGCAUACUGGAGAAAAACCUUAUAAGUGUGAGAUUUGUUUUAAGCAAUUUAGACAGGCAAUUAAUUUUAAAACACAUUUAAGAGUGCAUACUGGAGAAAAACCUUAUAAGUGUGAAAUUUGUUUUAAGCAAUUUAGUGAAGCAGGUGCUUUAAAAACACACUUAAGAGUGCAUACUGGAGAAAAACCUUAUAAGUGUGAGACUUGUUUUAAGCAAUUUAGACAAACAGGUACAUUUAAAGCACAUUUAAGGACACACACGGGGGAAAAACCUCAUAAGUGUGAGAUUUGUUUUAAGCAAUUUAGUCAAGCAGGUCCUUUGAAAAGACAUUUGAGUGUGCACACUGGGGAAAAACCUCAUAAGUGUGAAAUUUGUUUUAAGCAAUUUAGUGAAUUAAGUUAUUUGAAAAGACAUUUGACAGUGCACUCUGGAGAAAAUCCGCAUAAGUGUGAGAUUUGUUUUAAGCAGUUUAGUGAAGCAAGUUCUUUAAAAACACACUUAAUAGUGCAUACUGGAGAAAAACCUUAUAAGUGUGAGAUUUGUUUUAAGCAAUUUAGUCAAGCAGCUCAUUUGAAAAGACAUUUGAGUGUGCACACUGGGGAAAAACCUCACAAGUGUGAAAUUUGUUUUAAGCAAUUUAGUCAAGCAAGUAUUUUAAAAACACAUUUGAAUGUGCACACUGGAGAAAAACCGCAUAAGUGUGAGAUUUGUUUUAAGCAGUUUAGUGAAGCAAGUUCUUUAAAAACACACUUAAUAGUGCAUACUGGAGAAAAACCUUAUAAGUGUGAGAUUUGUUUUAAGCAGUUUAGUGAAGCAAGUUCUUUAAAAACACACUUAAGAGUGCAUACUGGAGAAAAACCUUAUAAGUGUGAGAUUUGUUUUAAGCAAUUUAGUCAAGCAGGUCAUUUGAAAAGACAUUUGAGUGUGCACACUGGGGAAAAACCUCAUAAGUGUGAAAUUUGUUUUAAGCAAUUUAGUGAAUUAAGUUAUUUGAAAAGACAUUUGACAGUGCACACUGGAGAAAAUCCGCAUAAGUGUGAGAUUUGUUUUAAGCAAUUUAGUGAAGCAGGUACUUUAAAAACACACUUAAGACUGCAUACUGGAGAAAAACCUUAUAAGUGUGAGAUUUGUUUUAAGCAGUUUAGUGAAGCAAGUUCUUUAAAAACACACUUAAGAGUGCAUAAUGGAGAAAAACCUUAUAAGUGUGAGAUUUGUUUUAAGCAAUUUAGUCAAGCAGGUCAUUUGAAAAGACAUUUGAGUGUGCACACUGGGGAAAAACCUCACAAGUGUGAAAUUUGUUUUAAGCAAUUUAGUCAAGCAAGUAUUUUAAAAACACAUUUGAAAGUGCACACUGGAGAAAAACCGCAUAAGUGUGAGAUUUGUUUUAAGCAAUUUAGUGAAGCAGGUACUUUAAAAACACACUUAAGAGGGCAUACUGGAGAAAAACCUUGAUAAGUGUGAGAUUUGUUUUAAGCAAUAUAGUCAAGCAGUUAGUUUAAAAACACAUUUAAAAGUGUACACUGGAGAAGAGCUUCAUAAGUGUUAAAUUUGUUCUAAGCAAUUUAGUCAAGCAAGUCAUUUGAAAAGACAUUUGAGUGUGCACACUGGAGAAAAAUCUCACAAGUGUGAAAUUUGUUUUAAGCAAUUUAGUCAAGCAAGUAUUUUAAAAACACAUUUAAAAGUGCACACUGGAGAAAAACCGCAUAAGUGUGAGAUUUGUUUUAAGCAAUUUAGUGAAGCAGGUACUUUAAAAACACACUUAAGAGUGCAUUCUGGAGAAAAACCUUAUAAGUGUGAGAUUUGUUUUAAGCAAUUUAGUCAAGCAGGUCAUUUGAAAAGACAUUUGAGUGUGCACACUGGGGAAAAACCUCACAAGUGUGAAAUUUGUUUUAAGCAAUUUAGUCAAGCAAGUAUUUUAAAAACACAUUUGAAAGUGCACACUGGAGAAAAACAGCAUAAGUGUGAGAUUUGUUUUAAGCAAUUUAGUGAAGCAGGUACUUUAAAAACACACUUAAGAGGGCAUACUGGAGAAAAACCUUGAUAAGUGUGAGAUUUGUUUUAAGCAAUAUAGUCAAGCAGUUAGUUUAAAAACACAUUUAAAAGUGUACACUGGAGAAGAGCUUCAUAAGUGUUAAAUUUGUUCUAAGCAAUUUAGUCAAGCAAGUCAUUUGAAAAGACAUUUGAGUGUGCACACUGGAGAAAAAUCUCACAAGUGUGAAAUUUGUGUUAAGCAAUUUAGUCAAGCAAGUAUUUUAAAAACACAUUUAAAAGUGCACACUGGAGAAAAACCUCACAAGUGUGAUAUUUGUUUUAAGCAGUUUAUUACAGCAGGUGUUUUGAAAUAUCAUUUGAGAGUGCACACUCGGGAAAAACCUCACAAGUGUGAAAUUUAUUUCAUGCAAUUUAGGUAUGCAAACAGCUGCAAAAACACUUAAGUACACACACUGAAGAAAAGCUUUAGCUUUACAGGUGUGAAAUUUGUUCUAAGCAAUUUAGUCAAGGUGGAGGGAGAUUUGAAAAAGCAUUUAACCUUCCGCAACUAACAUAGGUUUUCUGAACAUUAAAGCUAACAUCGGGUCUCAGAGACCGACAAAAAAAUGUUUCCAUUGACACACUUUCAAAUGUAGAGUUGUGUUUAUUCCUUGAAGGAGUGAAAUUAAACAAGAUGCAUACCUAUUUUUAAUUUAUUAAGCCUCUUAAACAUUAGUAAAUUAUUUCUUUUUAUUUAACCUCUAAAUUUAUUUACAAUCUGUAAAACAAGUUACAAUGAGUAAAUGUUGUGACCACUAGUGUAGGUGACUUGGAGAACAUGAUUUAUCAUUUUCAUUUUCUUUACCUUUAGGGUAGAUUUAAAAUUUGGUUGUUUAUUUAAGUUAGUAACUAAUUUAUGCAUUCAUUAGUAUGAUAAGAUAUUGUUUGUAAAAUAAUUUAAAGUUAUUAAAUUCAAUUGAAUUGUA